UUUCGCAAUUUUUAUGUUACAUUUUUAUAUUACAUUUUGUGUGUGCUUUGAACACAUAGAAUUACAUGUUAAAUGUCUUGAACGUUGCAGAGAAGCCUUCAGUGGCUAAGAACAUCACUGAGAUUCUAUCAUACGGAAAUGCCACAAGGGAAUUUACACAUUCCAAAACUAACCCUGUGUACUCAUUCCCUCACUGGUUUGAAGGGAAUAUGUGCAAAAUGUUUUUCACCUCCGUCAAAGGACACUUAACGAACCUAGACUUCCAUCAAAAUUAUCGCAACUGGCAACGCACAUCAAUCCUGGAUUUAUUCACUGCACCCAUUUAUCCUUUCAUCACGAGCGACUGUAAAGAUAUCGAAAAAAACAUACUAAAAUACGCAAAAAUGUCUGACGCUAUUAUACUCUGGCUAGACUGUGAUAGGGAAGGCGAGGCAAUAGCGUUCGAGGUCUUGGAAGUCUGUUAUAAAGUUAAGAAGAACCUUAUAGUUAGGAGAGCGAUAUUCUCAUCAGUUACAAAGCCAGACAUUGAACAUGCCUGUGUAAAUUUGAAAGAACCUAACAAAAAUCUGGCAAAUGCGGUUGAGACAAGGCAGGAAAUAGACCUGAGAAUAGGUUCUGCAAUUACUCGAUAUUUAACUUUAAAAUAUAAAACUCAAAUAAACACUAAAGCUGCCAUUCUCAGCUACGGCACAUGCCAGCUACCUACCCUGGGAUUUGUGGUUGAACGUUUCAUUUUAAUAGAGAAUUUCAUAAGUGAGCCCUUUUGGACAAUUAAUGUGGAAGUUACUCAUGACAAUAUCCCUGUUACAUUUCUCUGGCACCGCAAGAGGAUAUUCGACGAAUUAGCUGUUCUAACACUUUAUGAAUUAUGUGUUCAAAACCCUAGAGGGACUAUAAGAAAGGUUUUUAAAAAGGAAGUUAGAAGACAUCCUCCCUUACCAUUAGAUACCAUCGAGAUGAACAAGGAUGUCAGUAGAUUUUUAAGAAUUUCCUCACACCGGUGUAUGCAGUUGGCAGAAAGUCUCUAUAACAAGGGCUACAUAAGCUAUCCUAGGACAGAGACUAAUGCUUUCCCCAGCUCUAUCAACUUAAAAUCAAUAAUUCACAACUUAUCAUCAGUUCCAGAAUUCUCACAGUACACCCAUAACCUUUUAAACGAGGGCGGGUUCAAAGAACCAACUAAGGGAAAGAAUAACGAUGAAGCUCAUCCCCCAAUUCAUCCUGUCAACAGUCUCACUAGAGAUAGGGCUGAAUCAGAGCAACACUGGCUACUUUACGAAUACAUAACUAGACGGUUUCUCGCCUGCUGUAGCAAAGACGCCAUUGGCCACCAGUCCAAUAUAAUUCUGGAAAUUUCAGGUGAACUAUUUAAUUUAAAAGGUCUAGUCAUUAAGGAAAGAAACUGGCUGAACAUUUAUAAAUACAGUUCCUGGGAAGGAAAAAUCGUUCCAGAGUUUCAGGAGAACCAGGAAGUAAUCCCCACUGCAAUUAUUUUAAAGGAUGGAGCCACUCGUCCACCUGAUUUACUUUCAGAGUCUAAUUUAAUUGAUCUAAUGAACAAGAAUGGAAUUGGAACGGAUGCGACUAUGCAUGAGCAUAUACAGAAAAUUCAGGACCGUCACUAUUGUGUUAAAGACGAUAAAUUGAGAUUUGUCCCUACUAAUUUAGGAAAGGCCAUAUACUAUGGUUUCAAGGAAUAUAACUACCACAAUAUUGACUUGACUAAGCCAAGUCUGAGGGCCAAUAUGGAAAAGGACAUGAGUGACAUAUCUGUUGGAAUUAAGAGAAAAGAGCAGGUUGUUUUGAACUACGUGAACCUUCUAAGAUCAAUUUAUCAGCUCAUCAGCACCAACUCUAAUAAAUUCGACGCCUACAUAACUUGUUUAUCUCGUCUAGUUCCUGACGACGCUCCUCUCCCAAACAAUUGUUAA